AAUCCGUCCGAUAAGCAGCCCUAAUUAUAAGCUGCUAUUUAUUUCAUGCCACUAUCCAAAUUUACAUCACCUUUUGCUUAUCAGCAAAGAAAAUACAAAAAGGAGAGAAAUUAUUUAAGCAGGUCAGUCUGUUAGUGUGUAGCAUUAAUAGAGCUGGUAAAAUUACUACUAGUAGAUUGUUGUUACAAAGACCAAAGGAGAAACCACUUUCUUGUGAUAAGCUUGGGCAGAAGGGGAAAGAGAGGAUUUCUUUUGUACCUAACCAACUAGCCAGGUGGAGAAAAGAUAAGAAGUGUAAUAUAAGAAUUUGAGUUGGGGAAUUAAUGAAGACAUGGAUUUCUGGCCAGAGUUUCUAGCAAGCAGUUGGGGCAAAGAAUUUGUGGCUGGUGGAUUUGGAGGAAUAGCUGGUAUCGUAUCUGGAUAUCCCCUUGACACCGUCAGAGUCCGUCAACAGAAUUCUACACAAAAAGGCUCUGCUUUCACCAUCCUCCGUCAUGUCGCCGCUACUGAAGGUCCCUUGGCUCUCUACAGAGGCAUGGCUGCUCCUCUCGCUUCUGUCACUUUUCAGAAUGCAAUGGUAUUUCAGAUUUAUGCAGUGCUAUCGAGAGCAUUUGACAGGAACGUUCCAGCUAGUGACCCACCCUCCUACAAAGGAGUAGCCUUAGGUGGAUUUGGAACAGGAGCAAUACAAAGCCUAAUGCUCACUCCUGUCGAAUUGGUGAAAAUUCGACUUCAGUUACAAAGGAGAAGUAUCCCUGAUAACAAUAAUCAAAUAACUAGUUAUAGGGGUCCAACAGAUGUUGCAAGAAGCAUAUUCAAACAAGAAGGUUGGAAAGGAAUUUACCGCGGAUUAACAAUUACAGUACUCAGAGAUGCACCAGCUCAUGGCUUAUACUUUUGGACGUACGAGUAUGUGAGAGAGCAACUUCAUCCAGGAUGUCGUAAAAAUGGUCAAGAGAGUUUUAGAACAAUGCUUAUAGCAGGUGGUCUAGCUGGAGUUGCUAGUUGGAUAAGUUGCUAUCCUGUUGAUGUUAUUAAAACCAGAUUGCAAGCUCAAUCACAAUCUACACCCUCGAGAUAUUCUGGCAUUGUUGAUUGCUUUAGGCGAAGUGUGAAACAAGAGGGAUACAGCGUGCUAUGGCGAGGUUUGGGAACUGCUGUUGCCAGAGCAUUUGUAGUGAAUGGGGCUAUAUUCACUGCCUAUGAAACUGCCUUGAGGUUCUUUUUCAGCAACAACAACAACAAUAAUCACGCCAACAUUGAAACUGAAAAUACAUUCUGAUACACAAGUAGUCAUUGAGGUGUGUCGCCUCAUUAGUUUAUUAUAUAUCUGGUACUUAAUACUAGAUGAAAACAGGUCAAAAGUGCAUCUUGCUCGAAAAGACACCGUUAAAGAAAGAGCUACUGGAUGUGCGACGAAAGCAAGAUGAAACUUUUAAGCAUGCUUCAGUUUCUAUUAGAGGGACUUUGGAUCUAAUAUAUUCAAAGCAGAAGCAGAUCUUCAGUUGACAGUUUGUUACAAAGAAACAAACAUAAAGCAAGUAUGAUUCUUGGCACCUUUGACAAUGUGUCUACUUGUGCCGUUCUAUUCAUUGUAGCAAUUAUAUGGUUUAUAGCCUAAAUGGAAAUUAAAGUUGGAUUUGGUUACUUAUGGUUUCUGCUUUCUGUACCCAUGACAAAGCCUCAGGCCCAAAUGGUUUAUAGCUUGGCCUUCUCAGGAAGUUAAAAGGAAUGCAUGUUGAUCAAUUUAGAGAAUGAUAAUGAACAUCAUGAUUAAGAAGAUUUAUUACAGAACCAACUUGGAUGUAAUGAGGCUUCAAGGUCCUCUAUGGUUUUUUUUUCCUUUGCCAUAUCAUAUGUUUAAUAUCCA